GUCUAGGGUUCACAAAUCCUCCGCUGAAGUCGACUAAAGCUGUAUCUUUCGCUGAAUAGCAAUGGCCUACUUGCGCAUGAACGCUCGGGCGCGCUGGUGUGACAUGCUUCUGGGUGGCGACUGACGCACAUGCGGGUCGCUCCGGUCUCGGAGGGCCCCGCUGCCCCACAGAUUUGUUAGUGCGUGCUUCUUGAGGAAACGUGUGGAGCACUAUCCACUUGUACAGUCGCCGUCGAGCGAGCAGUCAACAGACUCCUCGAGAGGGAAGGCGGAGCGCCGGCACUCUCACGGCUGCGCGCAACGCAGGCGUGUGCCAACGUCAUGGCAAAUAGGUAAGGCUAGUUUGUAUCACUUACCGGAAAGCCUUCCAAGAUACGCAGCAUCGAUGGCAGCCAUGCCGGCGAACAGCGACUGGGGCGAGAAAGCCGCCCCGCCAGCCCCCGAACACAUACAGUAUAGCAUAGUUACACACAGAGGAACUAUUUACUUUGGCCAAGCCCCUGAACUUGCAUUUUGGGCCUCCUUGACUUUCGCGCGCUCUACAGCGAACCUGCAAACCUCGCUGCGGUGCUUGCUCUUUCGCAUACAUUUCACUUGCAGCCCUAAUAGCAUUCCGGUGCUGUGUUGGAGCCCCGAAGGGUUCAGUCCGCGGAAGCCCGCGCAAGUGACUUGGGCCCUUCUGGGUGCUCGAGACCGACCCCCGAUCAUCCCUAAACCAUUUUGUGACACCUUACCAAGUGCGUCGAGCUCAGGAAGCUGAGCGCCAGCUCGGGUCUUCCGAAAACCCAGACCGAUGGCGACCCCGACUGUCGCGCAAGAGCCUGGAGAAGCUGGUGCAUCUUUACCAGAAAAGACGUGGAGCCCGCUCAUUGUCCCUCGCGAGAUGGUGGUGCGGGAGGGCCUCGCAUGGAGUCAUCAACAGCCCGUGGCGCUCACUGUGGAGGUCAACGGGCGCCGCGACAUGAUGAAAUACGCUGCUGUAAUGCAGCACGUCCCCAAGUUGGGCUUCGUUGCUCGCCUGGGUCAGCCGGGCGCGGCGGCCAAGUUCCAGAACCUACACCUCGUCGACGUCAAGCGGCGCGGCGGCACCGACGUUCAUUUUGUUCUCGGCGAUCUGGCAUUUGUGCGCGCAAAGGCCGCGGAGGCGUCCAGUAAGCCUGGCAUUGCUGCGGAUGCUAGCGCAGCGGUGCCGCAAGCCGUCACAGCAGCCUGCGGUCCCUCGACGUGCGGCGGUAGCGGUGCCGCGCUUGUGUCAGCCGGGAGUAGCCCCGUCCUGAGCGACAUGGGCAACCCGACCAUCACUGAGCCCUGCAUCCUGGCCGGCGGAGCGGCAGAGGGUGGGGUGGUGAGCGGGGCGAGCAGCGAGGGCACGACUGGCGCCACCGCGGGGACUGUGUGCGCCUCGGCCACAGCCACGACUGUGCCGGUGGCGAGCUCCGCCGCGGCGCAUGCAUCCACGGCUGCAGAGGCGGAUGCCAGCACCGACACGCGCUCGCAGCAGGCAGACGCGCCGUGCGGUGAUACGGACGACAAGGGGACGGGGACGUCGGCGGCGGCCUCUGCUCCUACCGCAGGCGCCGCGGCACCUGACACGGCAGCUUCGCCUGUGCUGCUGUCGUUCCAGUGCGGCUGCUCGUUCUGCCCCUGCCACUUCGAUGAGGAGCAGGCGAACGGCGCGUCCACAGACCGCCCCUUCGAGCUGACGCCCUACAACUCGGCCGUCGCAGACCACCAGGUUUGCUUCGGCCGUAACAGCCCCGGAACCGCUCAGGCGCCCGGCGCCGCCGCGGCCCUUCGCCUCGCCGCCGCCGCGCCCGCCAGUGCCGCAGCUGUCAACGACCCCAGCCACGUGAGCCGUGAGCGGCUGAAGAACCUGCUCGGUAAGGGCCGUGGCGGGGUCGCCGCUGCUGCAGGCGGCGGCAGCGCCGGCUCUGCACCGCUUCCGCCCAGCGGCCGCCGCUCCGCGCCCGGCUCCGCCUCGGCGUCCGUCGCGGGCGGGCUGGACGCCACCGACGCGGCGGCGGUGCUGAGCGCCGCCGCCAACGUCAUUGGCUACGAGCUGGUGCUGCCGCCGGACAUGGCGGCGCGCCGCGCCAACGACAGCCGCGCGCUGGUGCAGUACGAGAUCGACGGCGAGGCGGAGGACUGCAAGCUGCAGUACCGGCUGGUGCGCCUGGACGACGGCCGCACCACGGUGCUGCAGGGCAUCUCGCGCCCGCUGCGCGGCCUGCAGCUGCUGUCGCUCACCGAGGCGGACGGCGGCGACCUGCUCAUCCGCGCCGCCACGCCGGGCAUGGCGGCAGCCAUGGCGGCGGUGGCGGCGACGGUGGACCCGGCGCAGCAGCUACUCAAGGCGGGGCUGACCAGCCGCUCGGCGGCAGGUCGCCAGCGCCGGCCGUCGCUCAAGGCACGCGAGGGCGCAGACAGCGCGUCGCUGGCAGCCGCCGCGGCGGGAGUGCCCGUGCCGGCCGGCGCUGCGCCGGGCGCGGCCAGCGCACGACCGGGUCUGCACACGGCACACAGCGCGCCGGCAGACCUGCCGCUGGCGCCCGGCCUGCCGCCGCUGACGGCGGCCCAGCAGCAGCAACUGCUGCUGCAUCAGAAGCACCGCCGCGGCCGACCGCCGCGGUCACGGCCGCCGGGCCGCGGCGGCGACGCUGAGGAUGAUGAGGAUCUGGACAGCCAACAGGACGGCAACGGCCUGGCGGCCAAGCGCGGUCGCGGCGGCGCCCGUGGCGCUUCCUCCGACUCAAUGGCGGCGUCCUCAGAGGAGGCUGGCGGCCGGGACGCGGACGACGGCCACCCUGGCAUCAUGUCGCGCCGGCGGCGCACCUCGGCGCCUCUGCCGGCCGUGCCUGUGGCGGUGCUGGCGAGCGGCGGCGUCAGCGGCGCGGACGCCGUGCGCCGUGCGCGUGCGGCUGGCGCCGCUGCGCUGGACGGCGGUGAGGCGUCCGGUGGUGAGGAGGCCGCCACUGCGAUGGAGGCAGGUGACGAUGCGGCGGCGGUGGUAGCGCCUGCGCGUGGGCCGCACGCGCCUGCUGGCGGCCUGUCUGCCCGCAAGCGCGGGUCAAGCGCGGCUGCCGCUAUGGCUGCGAAGCGCGCCCGAGCCAACACAACGCAGGAGGGCUCUCAGGGCAACCAGGCGCCGAUGGAGAUGGAGGGCAAUGGCGGCGACCACUACCAGCAGCAGCAGCAGGGCACGCAGCGGCAGGACAGCCCGCAGGGCUCGGAGGCGGCGGCCACGGCUGGCGGCGACGCCACCGGCCGGGGCGCUUCAUCGGGUCGCCGGCAGUCGCGGCCCACACGCCGCGGCCGCGGCCCGCCGCCCUCGUCCUCGUCCUCCUCGUCCGAGUCGGACAUCAAUGACAUCAACGACGGGGCGCCGGAAGAGGAGGAGGCGGAGAACGCCAGCGGGGAAGGGCUGGGGGAUGCGAACGGCAGCGAGGAGGCGGCGGGUGGUGCCGCGGGGCCGUCAGGUGCAGGUGGCGAGGCGGGGCCCUCCUCGGCACCCAUGCCCCCACCACCAAAGCCCAAGUCGCGGCAGCGCGGGAAUGCCGGCAAGAGCAAGAGCAAGCCUAUCCGGCACCCAAGCAAGAUUACCAACGUGGUGCGCAACGCCGGCGCCAUCCUGCUCAUGAUCGGCCGCAGCCCCUGCGUCUACGAGAAGCAGCUGCGCGCCACGUUCGGCAACAACCCCGACACCAGCAAGGCGCUGCGACUGCUGGAGGAGCAGGGCCGCGUCGUUCGCGGCGGCCUGGGCUACCGCAUGCACCCCUACCACUACACACUCACGCCCGCGGGCCUGGAGGAGUAUGAGCGGCAGCUGUGCGAGCAAGGCCCUUCCUACGCCUUCGCCAUCACCAUGGGCGUCACGCUGCCCGCCUCCGACCUCGCCAUCGCGACGGCGGCGGCGGCGGCCGGCGGCUUUGAGGGUGCGGCGGGCGAGGGUGGUGCCGCGGGCGUGGAGGGCGGGGCUGCAGGUGGCGAGGCGGGCGAGGCGGGUCUGGAGGCGGAGGCCGCGGCAGCGCUGCUGUCGCCGCGCAACCCGCCGCCGCCCCGGUCUCAGGCCGCUGCGCAGCGCGCGCGCUCGGCUGCCUCGCCGCGCAAGACUGCUGCUGCCUCCAAGGCCAAGAACGCGGCCGCUGCGGCCAUGUUGCCCAUGACCAUGGAGACGGACGGUGCUGACACCCAGCAGGGCAUGCACCUGGAUUCCCAGAUCACCGGGCUCUCUGUAAGCGUAGGCGCCGCCGACCCGGCCGCGGUCGCGGCGGCUGCCGCUGCCGCGGGCUGGCCGGGCGCUGCGGCUGCGGCGGCCGCCGCAGCCGCGGCAGCCGGCGCCUCGGGUACUGAGGCGGCGACCCCCGAGCAGCAGCAGGCGGCGCAGCAGCAGCAGACCAUGCUGAUGAUCCAGAUGCACCACGCGCAGCAACUGCAGGCAGCCAUGGCGGCCGCUGCCGCGUCAGCGCCCGGCGCGGUCUCUGCGCCGGAUCCGUCCGCGCCGCCUGCCGGCAUGCCGCCACAGGCAGCCCUUGCGUACCAGAUCGCCUACCAGCAGGCCUACGCGCAGCAUCAGGCGGCAGCUGCGGCCGCUGCCGCCGCGGCUGCUGCUGCCGCCGCGCCGCCCCCGCCGGCUGCGCCGGAGGUCAAGGCCGAGGCACCGGACGCUGUUGCGACCGGUCCGGCCUUUCCCGCCGCCUACUCUGCUGCCGCGGCCUACCCGUACGUCGCCACGCCGUACGGCUACAUGCCGUACGCCAUGUACAGCGCAUACGCGGCCGCCGCCGCGUCCGCCUCCGCCGCCGCUGCGGACCCGAACGCACAGCCCGGCGCCGCUGCUGCUGCCGCCGCUGCUGCAAUGCCAUUCGCAAUGCCCGGUGCGGCUGCGCCUGGCGCGGCCCCUGGCGCUCCCCCCGCGGCGCCGCCGCUGGGGCUCUACAUGCCGCCCUACAUCCCCGGUGCAGCCGCGCCCGCCUUCCCGGUGGCGCCGCUGACCACCGCGGCGCAGCCGGCUCCGGCACCCGCUGCGGCGCAGGCGCUGCCGACGCCGGCCCCCGUUGCUGCGCCCGCGCCGGAUGCUACCAUGCACGACAACUCGGCAACGGCCGCGGCUGCGGCUGCAGCGGCUGCGCCGGCCAUGCCUGACCCCGCUGCCGCUGCAGCCGCCGCUGCCAUGAUGGCGCAGCAUGCCGCCGCCGCGGCGGCAGCGGCCGGCGCUGCCCAGGUGCCGGCCCCGGACGCCUUCACUGCCGCUGCCGCGGCGGCAGCAGCGGCUGCGGCCCAGCAGCAGCAGGCCGCUGCUGCGGCAGCGGCGGCGGCCGCCGCCGCGGGCGCGCAGCACUACCGCUAUGUGGCGGAGGUGCCGGGCAGCGGCGGCAGGAGCUGGAGGGCGGAGGUGCCCGGUCCUGACGGCCGCAUGUACUACAGCCCCGAUUUUGACACGCCCGUGCGCGCCGCGGCGUCGGCGGACCUGCUUAUGAGCAAGCUGCGCCCCGGCGAGCCCUACAACCUGGGCAUCAGCCCGACUGAAGCGGCCACGCUGGCGGCGCUGUCCGUUGAGCAGGUGCAGGCGAUGCUGUGGGGCAUGGCGCAGCAGCAUCAACAGCACCAGCAGGCGCAGCAGCAGGCGCAAGCGCCGGCGGUGUGAGCGGCGCCGCGGGCGGACGCGGACAUGGUGGAUUGUUCGGGCUCGUGAGCAGCGGCAUAGUGAGGUGGAGGAAGUCGUGCUUGAGGCGACGUGGGCGCGGCUUGUCCCCGUGAGCGGCGGUGGCGCAUGCAUGGCGUUUGCAUGCCGUGAUCCGCAGAACGUGGAGCUGCAUGUGCGUAUAUUAUGUGUACGGAACAUUCGUGUACAACCGUAACAAUGUGCAGUAGGCGGGGGUGGCGCCGCGAGGGCAGUCACUUGGACGACUGCCAGUGUGGCCCCAGCGGAUGAAAUCAAGCACGCGGUCCGAGUAUGCCACGCGGCUUGGGGCCCCAGGAACGUGCAGCGUGGGGACCGCAUUGCUGGGUCGUAUUUGCAAUAAAGGAAACGUAGACACAUAGAUGGAGGGAGUAGGCGUAUCCCUGCCAGCUCGUAUAUCGAUGGCGCUUCAUGGGCGCCCUCGCAAGGCAGGCGCGUAGCUGACAUGCCAAAGCGUAGUAGCUGCGUGGUUGUCGCAUACCUCUCACGCAGCUUUGUACGUUCAACUGACCCUUGUGCUAGCAUUCCCGGCCUCGGGAGAGUUUGCAUGCAUUGGGAGUGGCGAGGAAACACAGGGCGAGACGUCACCCAUGAUUGGAAACGUAACCCUUGUAGUGGACUUGAGAACCGGCCCGAUGCGUUUGUGCAUUACGUCUGUGUUUUUGUGAGUUCGCUCGGCUGUAACCGUGAUUGCGUUUUCCGGAUGCAUUUCGCCGGUGCUGGCCAACGGCCGCUGCGGCAUGGACAGGUGGAAUGGCUGGCUGGGACCUGCCCAGGAGAGAAGAGAACUUAUCGCUUUGGCUUUUGAAGAAGCGGUGCAGAAUUCCCGCUGCAUGGGUACUUGUUGCUCCACGUUUUGGGCUCGGCUUCUGUUACCGGGCGCAGCACACAUAGAACGAACAUAAGCCAUGGCGGAAGUGAAGUUGAGGUGCGGGGGUAGAGGAAAUUAGUCAGCGCAUCAUUGCAAGAAUCUUGGUGAAGCAUGGUCCAGGUGAGGUGUGGGGAGAAGGCGAGGCAGAGGACUGGUAUGGGGAGAGGCACCAGGGGGGAAUGACACCAUUUGCUUGGAAGCUCGGCACACGCUCAUUGUUCGCUUGACUCGCGUGCUAUUAAUUGAGGGGCAGAUGCGAUGAGGGGCGAACUGGAGCAGUGGCCAGCUGCGAGGUAGGACCAUGCGGGAGAAGACAAUUUGAGAGGAGCUAUCCUCGAGCGGAGUAGUGAAAUGCAGCUUUGCAUCGUGGCUUUCGUGUGCGUGUGCGUGCGGUGCUGGACUGGCGAGUGCAAGCGCGUGUGGGCGUGCAGGGAUGGUGACUGGCCAUCAGGUGUGUAUUGGUGCCCGAGCGUUUGCGGCCCAGUGCUAGUAUUAGGAGGAGUGUGCGUGAGUCCUUGUGAAGGAUUGGGGGCUCGUCCCUGGUUUUGACGGUUACGGUUUUGGUCUGUUUCGUGCCCCGGCAUUCCAGCCGGCGGACUACUCAGCUCGCAUGGCAACAAUCGUGCAGCUCACUUGCAAUUUAUAAUGUUUGGUUUUGCUUUGUUUUGGUUGGUGAUAGUGGCCGGUGCGUAGCCCCCAGUGGGGUCGCAGCAGCUAUGCGCGUGCAGUUCUUGGUUGCAGUCCUAGGAGCCGGAAGUACAUACAUAGACACGGCGUGACCGCCGCAUACACGUGAACACAAGUGUAAUUGUCAUAGCAU